AUGGUCUGGCUCCAGAGUGAGGAUGCUUCGCUCCUCUCGGACACCAGGAUCUGGGACAUGAUUCGAGAUGGGCGACAGACAUCGGAUUUGCCACUACCGACAUUUGGCUUCCGGGUGAUCAAGGCUUUCACCACUCCAACACCGCUAAAGAGUCGAUUUUUGCCAGGUAUGCAGGGGCAAGUCCUCUACGGUCAUGGCGACAAAGUACGUGUGAUGGUCAAAGACCUGUUCGACGCCAACGGGGACUUUCUCAACGACUGGAUCUACCGAGACUGUAUUGAGAUUGGCACCGAGCCCUAUGGUACAUGGAAAAUGGACCUAUGCAACGUUCCCCGAACGCGUUCGAGAUUCACAGCAGAAGAAAUUGGCGAACUCAAGAACCCGAAUCGCCAGCAUCUCGCGCGCGGCAUCAGCACGUUUCUCACGAAGCUGGCAGAGACAAGGCCGGAAUGCGUCACCGAGGAGACUCACAACAGACUUGGUGGCGUAUCAGGCAAUAAGGUUCUGUGGAUCACUAACGUGGUCAUCAACGGCAUCGAAAAGGCAGGUCUCCUCAGUGUGUUGAACGACCCCCAAUUCACCAUUCGAGCGAUCCGGGAAAACUCCAACCUCGAUUGCAAGGAUCUCGCAGCUCAGGGCGAAACUGGCUUUUAUCUGCGCAUAUAUUCCAAGGACAAUCCGGGUCAGUCAAAGAAACACGGCUCGGUGUACAUUGGUCAGGCCAAGGACCUUCACCGACGCUGCGUCGAUUGGGGCCGAUCAGGACAAGCGCACGACGACUUGAUUGAAGAGUCGAACACCAUCGAAAUGCGCACCAUAUGCCGCCUCGACAUGGAGUUCUAUCAAGACCACAAGUACAUCAUCGAGCAACUGUUCGCUUCGCUGUUCCAAACAUACAAAUCAGGACUUGCAAAUCAAACAGUACGCCCCAAAGGCGGUCGAGACAACUACCAUCUCAGGGCCUACUUGGAAAUGGACAAGGUUGCCACCGUAGCCGCCAGCGAGAGCGGAUGGACUGGCGCAGUGCAGAGGGACAGCUUUUGGAAUGGUUCAUUCUCCGCAUGCGAAGGCCUCAACUACCAAUCCCCCAUAUCAGAAGCACCAAUGUACGAGCCAGGAGUUUGGCUUGAGUCUCGUGGUUUCAGACAAAAUUCGAAUGACCCAGGCACUUCGUUUCCGAUCUCGAACUUUACUUCCCAGGUGCCAAAGAAGAUGACGGUUCAAACUCCAGGUGCAAAGUCGGCUUCGAAGAGCAAAUCUUUCAUCAUCUUUGACCUGAAAACCGAUUACAAGUCCGAAACGAAGCAAGGAUACACAUGGCGCACUGCUAGAACGCUACCGAAAGACUUUUCCUCCGACGGCGUGGAGUGGCCAGCUGAGAACUCCUUCUUCACUGUCACGUUCGAGGUUCGCACAGAUUGGAAGCCUCAUCCCUUCUCUUGGGCUCGUUUACCACUUAUCGGUCCAUUUGAAGAUUGGGAUCGAGCCAACAGCUGGGCUAUGUCAAUUAGCUGGGUUGAUGCGUCUGGACAAGAUCGGCUUAAGUAUCUCCAUUGCGAACGCCCUUAUAUGAUGGUGAACGAGGAUUCUAUGGGUAGCAUCCAACCCUAUGGGCAGGGUAUCGAGGUUAUCCACUGGCUGUUCAACGAGAGAAUCGCAAGUGGUCAAAAACAUCGUUGGAUUCAGACGCCCCCUAUGGCCCAUGUGAAAGUCAUCCAAAACGAUUAUGUCCGCCAGCUAAUUACGCUCAAAGCUGGCAAAGGAGUCACUACUACUGCGCCCAUACCCAGUAAUCGUAAGGACCCCCAAGUCAUCCUAGAAGAGAUGGAGGGCAAGGGUGUACAUGGAGACUUUGGCCUUCACAACGUAGGCCUCACGUUGGGCCAAGCCAAGAAGGCUACUCCAGGCAAAUGGGGCAGUAGAAAGAAGUGUGACUGCUGCCUAUUCUAUUCUCGUGGUACAGGCUCUAGCGCUGAGGGAUUCGGCGGCUGCUUCUUCGUGGAUGGAAACACAGUCUGCGAGGGUUGCCGCAAGAUCUAUGGACGACCAGCCUGCUCUUGGACUCUUGGAACCCCGGUUAAUGUCGUUGAAAACACGUUCAAAGCCCUCGCAUCCAUCGGAGACACCGCGAGCGCGCUUAGAAGGAAGGCUCUUAAUGGGCUUGAGGGCUCAACAGGCGAUUCGUUGUUAGCACCUGAUCCAGAGAUGAUGGAGAUUGACCAGGGAGAUGAUGAGUCUGAGGCUGAAGUUUGGGAAGGACCUUAA